AAGUGGAUCCACUUUACGUAGGUACUCCGUACCUGGUACGCAGGCCGCGGCUCCUUCUCAGGCGGCUGUAUAGACUCGAGUCGAGGUCUUCCUGACCACGAGAUCCGGGUAAGCUGAAGUUAUGAAGAUGGCAUGGGCAGGUACAAAUUGACGACGGGCUUCGUAUUGGAAUGUGGCGUUAAGUUGCUUCCUAGUAAAGCCCGGUUGUCAAAGCCUGCAAGACUCGUGAAUUUUCCCCAUCCUGAAAUAUGGCCGCACCUUACUCGGGCAGCUGCCUCUGCGGCGGCAUCCGCUUCACCAUCGCCUCCGAGCCGGCAGCCGUCCUCUCAUGUUUCUGCGAGCAUUGCAGCAAAGGUGCCGGCGGCACAAACCAAAUCAUCGCCAAAUUCGCCCAAGCCGACGUCAACAUCUCGGAGGGCGAGCACCUCAUCGCGACUUACACCUUCACCGAUACCUCCAGUGGGGGCCCCAAGGCCAAGGCCUUCUGUCGGACGUGCGGGACCCCGCUGUGGACGGUUCCGGCGUCGGCCCGCGGCACGAGCCUGCUGAUCCGCCCGAGCCUGCUCUCCGAGUGGCACCAUUUUAAGCCCGGAUCGGAAAUCUUUGUCGCGAAUCGACCUCCGUGGGUGACGCCUGUGGACGGUGCGGAGCAAUGGGAGGGAGUGCGGGGAAGGUGAAGGAUGGGGGAAAUGGGAAGUCUUGGCGGGGUGGAAACUCCCACCUGGCACGGCCCUGCACCCCACAUUUCGGGAUGUGGGACCAGCUCGGAACUCAUUCUUGUGACAUCUUGUCCCAUGAACGGGACCACAAGGGAAAAAAAUGGAAAGCAAUAGCGGGAAAAAAGUUACCAUCACGGGAUUGCAGUAUGUACCCCAGACAACAAAUCCACAGUCCCGGUCCAGCAUUCCGGGGUUUGCCCACGGGGUCUGGGGCCCCAGAUGCGGAGACUUCUUCUGGUCUGGAGACUCUCAUUUGUUUUCUUUCCGGUCAUGCCCUCAACCUGUCAUCGGAGGCUAUACCGGAAGUCUUAAGAGGCAAAUAGCCCAUGCUUCCAUAAAA